ACGGAUCUACUCCUGAGUUUUGGGAUCUAACACUAACUAAUCCCACUAUUGUCCACAAGGCGUUGGCCAUCAGUCUCACAUCACUAAGGCAACGCGCUGAAGCUUCCUCCUAGAGGCUCAUGGGAAGCAAGUCCUGCUACUAAAGCGGAGGGAGUUUCGAACUAUUUCACGGUUAUCUGCGGCAUAAGACCUAAAACUGUAGUUAUAUUUACAUGUUCUCAACCACCUCAUGUGAGCGUAAUAUUCAAGACGAGCUGACGCUGUCUGCUAAACAUGGAGCUGAAGUUGGAGGUAGUUUUGUCAUCCACCAUCAAGAGGAAGAAACCAUCGCCGCAAUUCUGCUGGCUUGGGCGGGAGAAGGAAUCUGUGUUCCUCUUGGAUGACAAACGGAUCAGUGAGAUUAACAUGAUGACUGGUCGCACCAAAAAGAGGAUUCCUAAACUCCACCCUUUGCUCAACAGUGUGGUGACAAUGGCUUCAUCACACAAUGGUGUAUGGCUUUGUGGACUUUUGCUUUCAGGAGAGCUCUUUCUAUGGAACAGGGAUAAAGACUUGUUGAAGACAGCUGCAGGAGUCCCAGAAGUAGUUAAAAUGAUUACUGCUGUUCACGGAAAUGGAAGGCUGUUGUCUCUCCAGGUGUCAGGGGAUGGGAUGCGUGUGCUUUUGGCAGCUGUUAUAGGGCAGGUGUUCUUGUGGGAGUGUACGGAUGUCAGUUAUUUGAUGGGAGUGCGAGAUGGCACUGUCAAAGGACACUGGACACAUAUACUACCACUUCAAGAUACAGUUCUGCCUUCUUCACAAGACAAAGAAGCAUCGCAACAUACUAUCUUCAUUAAGACAGAGGCUAUGGGUGAUACCUGCUUAUCAGUGUUUAUUUUCACAUCUGGGAAAAAGUUAAUCAUCACCUGUCUGAAAAUUCAAUGGGAAGAGAACCAUGUGAGGGUUGGUUCUGUGGGAUACGGCAUACAGUGGGCCACCAAGACAUAUCCCAUGUCUUGUCUCACCCCACCCUGCCAACCAGUGAAGUCUAGAGGGGCCUUGGUGUCAGCCUUCUCCCCAGAUGGCCGAUUGUUAGCCAUUGUGUUGAACCAGAGACAGCCAAAGGCUACACAGGUCCUCUUUGUGAGCACACAGAAUUUUGUCUCAGUGUCAAGUGGCCUUGGAGGAUGUGGAAGUAAGAGAACGGAGAUCCCUUCAAAAUACAUAAGGUCCUACUGGGUGGGCAGAGUGAGCUGGUCACCCAACAGCCUUUUCCUGGCUUGUGUUCUCAAGAGAGGCUCCCUUCUUAUGUUGGCUCGCCUUGGGGGACUUCUGACCCUUACAAGCUCUGGUUGCAGUAUUGACUUUGGGCCUGCACACUUUCUACCCCUGCACCCCCUUGUCACUUACCGGCCACCAGUGUCUGCAGUGAAAGGGGAGGCCUCUUUGUCCAGUUCCAGCUUGUCUAUGCGGGAUGUUCUGAGGCAGCGAUAUUCUGUGAUCUGGCACCCGCAGCUGUUGUAUCUCAUUGUGUCUGAUGGCUACAUGGCCACAGUUAUGAGAGUUCUAGAUAAGUCUUCUCCUGCAGUGUUGCUACAAACACUGCUAAAGGAAACAAGCAGGGACCUUGAGAAGGCCAGCCGCAUGCUGGAUAAAUCACAGAUUCAUGUGCAGGCAUGGUUGGAGUCUGUAUCCUGCCUAUAUCCUGACAGCAGCCUUGAGAUGUUCAACUCUGUUGUUACAUGUGGGCCCAACACCACAGAAUCUGCUGUUUCACCAGCCACAAAUGGAUCCACUUUGCCCCUUUUCCUGCAGGAACAGGGGACACUGGAUGGCACCAAGGAACUUCUUGAAAAAGUACAGAUUUUGUUUGAAGAUGACUCUGAUUUAGAUGGACCUCCUGCUGGUUCUCAUGUAGAAGAUGGUGGCCAUUUGGAGUUUGCUUCAAUGUUUGACACUCUCCACGCCGUGGACACACACACUAACUCUGGACUUGUUACUGACCCAGAUUAUGAAAAGGACUGUGUUGAAACACAGAGGAAGACUUCUUCUCUUCAUUGUGAACUUAGGGAAAUUCAGAGUAAGUUGCUAACAGCCUGGACAUUUGGCAUAUCUCUUGGAAAUGCUGUGGAACACAGAGGUCAUCUGCUGAAACAUACCCUCUACUGUGUGGUGCGAUUUGUUGCUUUACUCCAUUUGAUCCCAAGCUCCAUGGUUCACACAGGAAAGAAGAAUACCUCAGUUUCUACUUGCAUCCUGCACCUCCUCAAAGACAUGCUUGCUUUUCUUCACUGGGAUGGCCCUCACUCAGAUGGAGCAUGCUGCCUGGGACUGGUGGUAGAGUUCUGUAAAAGGCUGGUACGCCUGCUGGUGACCCCUCACCCUGAGUCCUACCAAACCGAUCACCAUCAGAUAUCAUCUCAAACCCUAUCCACAGCCCUGUCUGUCUUGCAGCUGGUCUCUGAUUUUGUUGACCACACUUACAGCAUGCAGCAAAGAACUCUCCUGUCCUCUGCAGAGGAGUCUCUUUCCCAGCCACCACAGCUAUGGCCUACAGAUGUGCACUAUGUGGCUCUGUUACAGGAUGAGAAGGAAGAGAAACCCAGCACCCUACAUCAGAUGCGCCCUGCUCCCCAGCGACCAUCCAGCAGAUUGUUUGGAGCGUGGCAGUGGCUGUACAAGAUCACCCAGCAGUAUAUGGAGGAACUGAAAAUCUUUAAAAGCUAUGAUGGCUGGGAGGAGGAACAGCAGCGGGUGUCUGUCAUCAUGUCCCAGAUCCAGACAGCUCUGCAGGCUGCAGGAGGAAGGCUAGAGGAGGGCCCCGCGCUGCUGAGUUAUCCAGGUGAACAUCUUUUUCUGUGUGGCUUGUAUUCAAAAAGUGCUGAUGUGUGGCGGUCACAAAUUUGUGAAGAGAGUAACAAAACUUGUGAUCGUAGUUUAUUCCAGGAGACACGGCUUUGUCUGGCACUCCUGUAUAGCCUGUUGUCCCAGUACCAUCUGAGGGACGCUCAGGAGUUGGGGGACCACAUGGCCUUCCUGCUACUGCACAGGGCAGGGAACCAGAAGGCCAACAUGACCCGCAAAAGAGAUUCUCUUCCUUGCCCGUGGCUGCCAGUGAACCUUCACAGUGAUGCAGCGCGUGCAGUGGUUCAGACCCUGGGGAGAUUCAUGGCCUCUUACUUCACCAACCAACCCCUCUACAUCCUGCCCCCUCACAAUGUGGCCAUCCUGCCUCCACUACAUUUACCUCAUGGCCCCCAUGUUGGUCGCUUGGUGCCGCUGUGCCAGGAGGAGGUGGCUAAAGCAGUUCGACUACAGCAUCUGUCAGAAGUAUGGACAGUGGACUAUGCCCAGGAUCUGCUUUUGCUAGGGGGUCUGCUUCCUGAGACUACAUGGUUGGCUUAUCAUCUUGGUGACUGGAAAACAGCAGUAUCUCUCAGCCUGGCCUAUACAAGCUACUGCACUGAACACUUCGACUUCGCUUGGCUCAAGAGGAGAGAGAUGCACCUCCCAAAAGAUUUGGAACCAGAAAGCAUUUUUCAGGCUGAGUUGGAGUGUCUGCUUGGCAACAAGUCUGACUCAGAGCUCAGAGACAAGGAUAGUGACAAGGGCUUUACAGACCCUUUGGAAGGAGAAGACUUAUUACACGUUUCCAUACAGGAGAUUCUGAAAGCAUCAGUCAUGGCUGGAGUGAAUGUUAUGUCUUCAUCCUUGUCUUCUUUGCUGGACACAGCCAAAGACUUGUGUUCUUGCCUGCCUACAUUAGUGCCCACUGGAUUGUAUCUGCCUUCCCCGCCUCUUUUUUGCCCUCAGCCUUCCCCCAACACACAGGACCCAGUAGGGACACUAGGCCAGUUUGCAGAAGUUGCAUCACGUCACAAAGUGUCUGGGGUUCUCCAGAGAUUAAUUUUACUUCUGAGAUCUGCUCAUUGCUGCCAUCCUGCUUCCCAGUGGUACAUCAGCCAUCUGCGCCGUGCCAGACAGCUACUACACAAGAUCAAGAAGAAGUACUCCUAUCCAACAGCUGCUGAUGAAGAAAAGCCUUUCCCAGAGGGUCUGAUGAAGUUUGUCACCCGCAGGGGAUUCUUCAGACAGGGGCCUAAUAAAGAUGGCCACUUGGACCCUGACACCAUUCAAACUAUUAUCUGUUUCAGGGAGCUGUGUGGUUUAUGCUGGAUGCUGCAUGUCAGGGACCAACUGUCCAUUUCCUGCAGGAAGUAUCAGGCUGUUAGACAGCACAGUAGAGAUGAACAGAUCCCUGAUGAUUCAGAAGUGAGAUUCGCCUGUGUUGAUGCUCUCCGCUGGGCCUGGCGUUUUCUGCCUUUCUCUCGCUUUCUCAAUGCUGAAGAAAUCCUUCAGGACAUAAUACUCAGUCUUGUGUCAGAAAUGCCACCCAUCUCUCUGGUGGCAGAUACACUGGUACGAGCCUUUCCAGAGGAGGAAGCAUCUGUCAGAGUCCCGCUGAGAGAAAAGUAUAAUUCUCUGCUGCAGAGACUGAGGCAAUGCAAUGUCCUUGAAGGGGAAAAAGAGGAGGUGAACGAGUUGAUGAUGAUUCUAAUUCAGGAUAAACGCAGGCAGAGGGGAAAACAUCUUGGUCGUUUGCAGAGGCACCUGGCCCCCCCUGAACUCCACCUGUGGGAGAAAGAGGAGGAUGAGGAGGACAAGGGAAGCAAAAACGGGAUGGGCACGCUAAGGCAACUCUCAUUAGGUACAAGUUUGAGCACCAGCACUUUAACUGACUGUGGCUUCCCUCCAGUAUGCAGUGAUGCAGAUACAGCAGAGAAUACAUCUGAGGCUAUCACCUGUGAGCAGCACUGCCGACCAAUGAGCAGGGGCAAAAACUCAAAAAAAGUAAGAGACAAAAAACAUACAAAGAAGACUGCUGUUAAGACUGAAAGUAUUAUUCAAGAGGAGACUCACCCAGACAAUGCCAAGGGGAAUGAGGAGGUCCCCCUACCAGUGGUUGGCACUUGGGAGUUUGAGCUGGAAGAUGAUGAGUAUUUAAACUUCCUGCAGCUCUUCCUCAGCUAUGUGCUUGAGAAGAAUAGUGCUGAUGGAGGGGAUUCAGGAAGUGGGCUUCCUUUGUUGAAGGGCUUCUCCUCUCAGCUGAAGGAGAGGGAGUUGCAUUCUCUCACUUUUGAUGUGCUCACAACCAUUCAUCGCCGCCAAAGAGACGGGCACCAUCUAGGGAGGAAACACAGGAGCAAUGACCUGCCGGUGUUCAGAGCUGGGUACUGCUACAAGCCCGUUAAACAGUGUACAACAACUGAACCAUCAACUUCCUUUGUCUGGAGUGAAGCUCCUUUGUCCAGAACUAGCCUUUCUGUCAGCUCUCUUCCUGGGCUGAAAACUGGCAGACAGAAAGGUUUGUUUGGCUUUCGACAGCAAAGCAGUGUGCCUUCAGUCCAAAGAAUGAAGAUAGGCCACUCAGGUUCAGAAGCUAGCCCUAUUCAAAGUGCUUUUACCAUGGGGCAGCCAUCGGAGAUAUUAACCUCCUCAACUCCUGUGGAAGCUGUGACUGAGCUGCAGCAGGACCUGGACCCUAAAUUAGAGGCUCAGUUUCCAAAGCUUGGCAGGCUGCUGGAGUGGAUGGUACGCUGGGCUGAUAGGAGGGUGCUACUGGGACAUCAUGGCAUAAAGAAGAAAGAGAGGGGAGGAGAAGUUAGAGGAACAGCUGAUGAAGGAGUAGUGAUUCGUGUCAAAGCUUCAGCACCUGCUAUUCUCACCUCCCUCAGCUUACUGGAGCACAGGUACACUGCUCUACUCGGGACUGACAGUUACAGCGCUCACAUCCAAGUUCCAGAGACACAGUGGACUGUGGCCCCUGUUCUGCAACCUGAGGUGGACAGGAAGCUGGAGAGAGAGAGCAGUGUUGAUACAGGCUACCCUGGGUCAGCCAACACUCCCAUCACUGGUCUUUAUCACAAUCCACAGCAAGAAGAACUGUCCAUUGCAUCUCAUACAGAUGAACCAGAGGAACUAACAUUUCACAGGACACCUGUCCCUAAUGCCCAAGAUCAACUGACUUUUGACAAUCGGAUGAGACAGUCAAGUUCACAACAACCAUCUCUUGAUGAUUUAGAUGUUACACCAGAAAAAGAAGGCAAAAGUAGUGACAUCGAGGGACUGGAUGUCUCGUCCUCUGUUUCCCACGGAAACAUCAGCACAUUUGAAACGAGUUUAAAGCUUGAAGAUCUAGACUCAUCAGAACCUAGUGAAGACAUGAUCAGUUCCAUCUCUCUUCAUUCUAGAAGCCUACAAGCCCCUCCAUAUCCAGAGCCCCAGGCCUGUUCUUCUGUCCAGCCUGAGGCCUCAGUUCAUGCAGCGCUUUCUCAUUCACCUGGACUGCCUCCCAACAUGCCUGUAGAUCCUCCAAGCCUUCAUCCACAAAACUUCACAAGUGGUGUAGCCACUGCUGUUCCUACAGCCCCCAGUCAGCCAAUGUCCACUGAAAAUCCACCAAUGAGACAGCAUCUGGGUGAAGAAUUAUUCAGAUUGGUCCAGCAUAUCAACUAUAUGAGCCUGAUGGAGGUUAUAGGAGCUUCGUUUUCCAACUUGCAACUUGCUCAGCAGAGCUCUCCUUUGGUCCAGUUUAACAUGAACUCCUCACACCCUAAUGUGCCAUCAUCUAAUGCUGCCAAUUACACCCCUCGAACAAAUGCCUUACCUGUUCAAACCACCAUUUCUGUGACACCUCAGGCACAAACCUGUGUGCCAAGUUCACAAUCCAAUCAGUUCAGUCAGACUCCUGCAUGUAUGUUUGCAGAUCAGCCUGCUAUACAGAGCUCAAAGAAAUCCUUUCCAACAGGUGGCCAGCAUCACACCCCAAUAAAUCUAUCCUCCACUGCCCCUGGUGCAAGUGUAAAUUAUCAGGAAAUGCAGCCACUCUCUGUCCAGGCAGAAUCACCUGAAAUCCAGUUUAGGGGGUCAAUCCCAUCCUCCCAGGGGCUCCUGGCUACUACGGACAUUAGUCACACUCUUCCCGGUGCCCCUGUGGUAUUGCCUUCUAAUAGUAGCAUACAAAAUGAUCAUGCUCCCCAGGUCUUGGGUCUGAAAUUACUUCAGCUCCAUCCUCCUCCAUUGCCCCAACAGACUCCUCCACACUAUCCCCAAGCCCAAGGGCCACAAACGCUCCACAGUAAAAACCCUGCAACUGUAGAAUCCCACCAAUCUAAACUUAAACACAAUCAUCAAGCUUCCUCAAAGAAAGCAGAAGAGGAAAAAAGAGCUGGAUUUUCAGUUUCAAGACGACAACUCGGUUUUAAUCAUCCACAUGACCUAACUCCCAGCAACUCUCAACCUCAGAUUCAGACAUCAGAGAGAUUCCAGGGGCAAGAGUUUUUGCUGCUUCCUCCUGCUUUUCCAGCUCACACACCUGCACCAUCUCAGAGCCUUCGCCUGUUGCACUUACAGCCUGCUCCACAUAGCCACAUCACAUUCCCUGAACUGCCCAUACCAUCUUCUUGCAGGCCCUCUACUGUCAUCCCAGCAAUGAUGCGCGAAACACCUAUGAUCAAGCUUUUACAUACAGAGCCUGCACCCAAAAUGAUGUCGCCCUUGGUAGCACCUUUGAGCCAAAUGCCCCGUCUCUUCUCCAUGGAAGAGUUGACGAGCUCAGUGAUGGGGAGGCAGAACACUGAGGAGCAUCAACUGCAGUUGCUCAGAGUAGAACCACCUACUGAAAACAUAAGAGGAGCCGUUAUUUCUCUAAGCCCUAACACCAGCAAGAGGCAGAAGAGGAGAGAGGAGAAGGUGGGGAGGGCAAGGAAAACAAAGGUCACAUUUAGGCCAGAUGAGUCCAUCAUUCCUGCACCAGAGCCAACAGAUGGUUCUAUAAAUGAAAUGCCUGCAGCUGUAGACGAGAUCACCCCUGGACAGGACAUUGCCAUUCAGCUAAGACCCACAGACUCUUUGAUGAAUGGUCAGAGAUUAUUGGCCAAGGCUAUUUCCACUUCAGCUGAGCUCCAUGCCUUUGCUUCCACAUGUAAAAAGCCCCCAGAAUACCAUGAUGCUUCCACCAACACAGAUGCGGCCCGUUCUCCAACACGUGUGGAUAAAGCAGUGUGUGCCUCUGUGGCUGUUAGUAGACAUACAUCACAAAGUUCGGGGAAUUUCCAGAUUUAUAAUGAAUGCCCUGUUCAUGAUGCAUGGGAGACCCCAAAGGAACCAGAGAAGAUUCUGGAUCCGGGUGGCCGUCAUUUCAUAAGUGUCUUGGACCUAGAAGACAAAGUGCUGCAUCAGGAUUUACCACCCUGCUCUGGAGUAGAGAAUGUUCCUUCCGUCCGCCCUUCUUCACCUACUUCUGCUCAGCUUCAUGUUCUUGCAACCUCUGUUAUUAGGAGUACUGGUGCUGCUGAUGAUCCACAACCCUCAAUCACAGCUACAGACAGUCUCAUGGAACCUACCACUCACCCAGAUAUCCCCAGGGAGUCGCCAUCACUCAGCCACAUUGAUCCCAGUAGGGAUCCAGAGGGGGUCACUCCACAGGACAUGGCAGAUCCAUUUGACUCUGAGGACAAUCAGGCCAUAAAGAUAGAGAGCGGGGGACCUCACAGAGCCUCCUCCACACCUCCUACAGUUUGGUUCUCCUCUCGCCUGUCAGAGCUGGAUGCCCAGUUGGCUGCACUUCAGAACAUUGCAGACCACCUAGAUAUGGACUUUUACAACUCUAGGAUGUUGGUGAACACCAUUGAACAGCUCACCCCAGUCUUGGAUUCUGAUGUGAAGAAUACCAUGGCAAUGAAAAAAACUGUCAGACUGCGUGUCCCACAGGAAGCAUGGAGACCACAAUCUGACAUUUCAAAUGAACCAACCGCCUGUAAAGAGGAAGAAGAAUAUAUGGCUCACAGUGACUCCUACACUCCUGAAAGAAAGCUUUCUGUCCAUUAUUCUACUUCUUCUCACAGACAAGGAGCUGGUCCUUCCUUCCUUCACACCCCCCCAAAUAAGAAAGAUAAGUUAACUGAAGCAUCUGGAAGUUCUCAUAUAUGGGCAGAUGAGAAUCUGAGUCACACGGGGUUAUCUGAUACAGCGGAAAUCUUAGACGAGUUGGUAAAGGAAGGAUAUUUAUCUCCAACUGACCUAGAUGUGUCCAUUUCACAAACUACAUACAGCAGCAGCAGACUGAAUCAACAGAAAAGUAGCUGGAUGUCACAGAAACGUGUCCUUCCAGAGGACGAGAGGAGAGAGCUGAGGAUCUGGAUGAGAAGGAAACAACGGGAAAGACUCGCUGUUUAUCAAAAACACAGACAGAGCCUGAGGGAGAGGGAGCUCAAACCUUUCUCUAUCUCUGGAACAGCGAAAUCAGUAAACAGAAAUCGUGCAACCAUUUGGAGAACCAGAGAGGAGAAAGAAAAGUUAAUGCUUCUGGAGCAAUACAACAAGAGGACCAAUGAGGCUCGUUCUUUGGUCAGUGGCUUUCCCACCAGUCCUCAGACCAUAUGCAGUUCUUUACAGAUUGGAGGUGCUCCAAUGCCCUCAGCCACAUGGUCCACCUCUGCUCAACCAUCUCGCAGCACUUACAGGGUUCACACUGUAUCUGCUAAUGAUAAAAGAAGUCUUAAGUCCCAGUCAGGACAAACUCAGUCCCGCCCUCGUCCAUGGACUGCUGAGGUGCAAGAACGUCCUUCGGAGGCUCACUGGAGGAGACUGGGGCUACAUAGACCAGUUACCUCUCUGCCAAGGGACCGUCUGUCUCAGGUGACCAGGCGUGGGAUGCUCACUGACACAAAGAGCCACAGUAAACUGCACACAUCCAGCCAGAGUGAGGAGAGGCUUGUCGGAUACCAGAGAAGGAUAGGACUGAACAAAAGUUCUUUAGGAGCAACCGCUGCAGGGAGAGAGAAUCACAUGGUGCAGACAAAGAUGAAAGAAAGAGAAGAGGUGAACCUUUGGAACAACACUUCAGAAAUGAAUAUGCCACCGGGCCUCAAGGAGUCAGAGUCUAAUGUAGUUUUGGCUGGGCUGUUGGACGUCGAUGGUUCUAGAGCUGGUGUGUCAGGGAUGGACUGGCUGGACGAUCUCUCUGAAAGCAGUAGGAGCAGCCUCAGCAAAAUAGACUGGGCAGCUAUUGAGAGAAUGGUGGCUGCAGAAGAAUCUUAAGCCUGAAUAGACUUUUAUUUUAUUUUAUGUGCCUGUUAAAUAAAAUAUUGAUUAAGA